GUCGGAUAAAGUUUACUUUCACUCCCACGGGCUCGUACUCGGUCCCUCACCAUGUCCGCAGAGAUGCGGAGCAGCUGCACAACUCCGGUCCCAAUCAAAAACAUCGAGAGGGAGCUGAUCUGCCCGAUCUGCAAGGAGCUCUUCACCCACCCGCUGAUCCUGCCCUGCCAGCACAGCGUCUGCCACAAGUGCAUCAAGGAGCUGCUGAUGCUGAGCCAUGACGACUCUUUUGAUGCCGGCUCCGAGUGCUCCCUGCCGGGCAGCCCCAGGUCCAGGGUGCCCUCCCCAUCCAUGGAGAGGCUGGACCGGCUUGUGAGAUCAGGUGGGUCUCGGGGCUCCAUCUCGUCCCCUGGGUGGCGGCGAGGCUCCGUGACUCCCCGGGUCACCACCAUCCCAUGCCCGGGCUGCCAACAUGACAUCGACCUCGGUGAGCGCGGCAUCAGCAUGUUGUUCCGUAACUUCACCCUGGAGAACAUCGUCGAGCGCUACCGCCAGGCCGCCCGGGCAGCCGUCGCCAUCAUGUGUAACACCUGUAAGCCGCCACUGCAGCAGGAGGCUACGAAGAGCUGCAUGGACUGCAAGGCCAGCUACUGUAACGAGUGCUUCAAGCUGCACCAUCCCUGGGGCACGCCCAAAGCGCAGCACGAGUAUGUUGGUCCCACCACAAAUUUUAGGCCCAAGAUUCUCAUGUGCCCAGAGCACGAGAUGGAGAAGGUUAACAUGUACUGUGAGGUCUGCAGACGACCCGUGUGUCACCUCUGCAAGCUGGGAGGAUCCCACGCCAACCACAAAGUCACCUCCAUGAGCAGUGCCUACAAGAUCCUCAAGGAGAAGCUGGCCAAGAGUAUCCAUUACCUCAUCAGCAAAGAGGACCAGGUCAGGACUCAGAUUACUGGUCUCGAGUUGCUCGUCAAUCAGACCGAGGAAAAUGGACAGCUGGCAGAGCGUCAAGCCAAUGAGCACUUUGACCGUCUGUUCGAGACUCUGCAGGAGAGGAAGUCAGAGAUGCUGAAGUCGAUCGAACAGUCUAGAAACCGACGCAUGGACCAACUCAAGGUUCAGAUGGACGAGUACCAGGGCAUGCUGGAGAACAGUGGUCUCGUGGGCUACGCCCAGGAGGUGCUGAAGGAGACGGAUCAGUCCUGCUUCGUACAGACUGCGAAGCAGCUGCACAUCAGGAUCCAGAAGGCCACAGUGUCUCUGAGGACCUUCCAUCCUGCAUCUGACCCCUGCUUUGAUGAGUUUCUGCUGGACACAUCCAGAGAAGAAACUCUGCUCAAAGAGAUGUGCUUUGGUGGAGUCCCAGACCCUCCCCUGAUUGACCUGUCCAAUAGCAUAGUCUAUAACGAGGCCUCGAUCUGCUGGAGGCUGCCUGAUGACCACCUACCUACAGAUCACCACAUGCUUGAAUACCGCAGACUCGGGGGCCCGAACAAGUCACCGUCCCAGGAGCACGGUGAGGACGGUGGGGGCUGGAGGGCUACAGACAGGGUGUACGGUCCUAGCACCGUGGUGUGUGACCUAGUCCCCGACAGCCUGUACGCCUUCAGGGUCCGAAGCUGCAGGAACUCCUUGUUCAGCCCCUACAGCCCCGAGGUCACCUUCCACACACCACCUGCACCUGCUUUUGGUUUCCUGUUCAGUGACAAGUGUGGCUUCAGUUCGGAUCGCCUCAUUCUCAACAAGCGGCGGGACACUGUGGAGAGCGUCGCAAGCAUGGCCUUCCUCCUCGCAGCAGAACGUGUGCAGACGGGCAGCUACAUUGGCCUAGACUACAUCAUUGGGGACACGGGCAUCUCCCAGGGAAGACACUAUUGGUCCUUCAAGGUGGAGCCGUACUCCUACAUGGUUAAAGUUGGAGUGGCUUCUGAGUCGAAGCUGCUUGAAUGGUUUCACAACCCCAGAGACACCAGCAGCCCGAGGUAUGACCAUGAUAGUGGGCAUGACAGCGGCAGUGAAGACACGUGCUAUGAGCUCUCACAGCCCUUCACCCUCCUCACCUUGGGGAUGGGCAAACUCUUCAUCCCCAAGUCUUCAUCCUCUACUGCCGCCGCAGCAAACGCGGCGUCUGCUGACCCUGGCAACCGCGUGCUCCCCUUGCCGCAGCGCUUGGGCGUAUGCCUCGAUUACGACGCGUGCCGGGUGUUUUUUUACGACGCCGACACCAUGAGGUGCCUUUAUGAGAGGCAGGUGGAUUGUUCGGGAACAAUGUAUCCCGCUUUUGGGCUCAUGGGCAGCGGAAAGGUCCAACUGGAAGAGUUCACCACCGCUAAGAGACUGACCUUCUGAGGAGGGAGCAUGCGAAUGCUUUGGGAGCUGCGUCUUUGGCAUGUUCUGGGAAGAGCAGAUUUUAAUGACAGGGUCAUGGAGUACUUUCCAAAUGGUUGUUUUGAGGGUCAGAUGAAGCGGAUGUGAUCAGGGCCUUCAGUCCUCAAUGGGAUCUCUUGCAGAGACUGACCUAUAUACAGUCGGCAUGUAUGAUCCAUACACAAGAGUACAACGCUGAAUAAGAGUGUCCACAUAUUACGGUCUUCAGAUGGAUGGUAUGUGAAAGAUCUUCUCUGCAUACCAAAGUCUACUUGUUAAUUGUUUUGGACCUGGUUUUAAUUAAGCUAUGAUCAGCUGUUCAUAUCGUGGAAUUGGCUGCAAUUGGUCUGCAGCUACUUUAAGUCUUUAUUUUAACGUGAACUGCCUUAGAGCUUACACUUCCUCUUUUGCCAGUUAUAUGUUCCUGGAAUAUGUGAGUAUUAAUUAUUUGGUGAUCUUUAUUUCAUGGGCUUCUCUGUAACUAUUUGUCUCAAAGUAGCAGCAUAGGUUUAGAUGUAAUCUCGGUGGACCUAAGAGCCUUGUAUCUACUAUAAAGCUAGCGCCUUUGUGCCUUUUUUCUUUUUUAAAGGAAACAGGUCCUUUAGUUUGCUCGCUGUGGGCAUCAUUGCACAAGCAUUUUGUAAAUACUCUAUGUGAGUUUUAAUUGUCGGUAGUUUUAUUACAGGUGUCAAAGUUAAUAGUCUUCACUCUGCUUCCCUUUUUCUUAACUUCACACAGAAAACACACCUGUUCCUUGUCAGUUAUGUUCAGCUGUUUUUGCACAAUAUUAUGAAUGAAGCUUCACAUAUGAUAAUCUAACAAUCAUCACUACCUAGUUCGCUUCUUCACUUUAAAUGUCGUAGACACAAUCAUCUCGGUCACUCUCAAACGCGGUCACCUUUCACUACCAUCGGCGUAAAUCCUGGAGCAGUUCCUUGGAUUUUAAAGCCUCUCACUGUUCGCACGGCGCCGAAUGCGACUCAUGCACUAUAAAAUCAGCCGGUACCAGAGCGACGUGUUCGUAGUCGACGUCGGUUGCACAGCUGCAAAGUCCCGAGCAGCCGAAGCGCGUGGGGCGCCGAGGUGCUGACUCAACACUUCACUCUGUGGCCUCGCGGCCUUUUAACAGUUUUAGAACAAACUCUGUUCUUCAGGUUCUUACAAGAAGUGCCAUCACAAAACACCGUUCAGUACCUUUUUGUUAUUACUGUCAAUACCGCUGUCUACUUGCAGACGCAGAGAGGGUAGCGUUGGUGCGUCACUGGGGAGAGCCGCUUCCAGACCGUCACAUAAGUCGUUGAUUGGCUCUGCCCUCAAUGAGUCGAUGGUCGAGAGAGAGACGGACCGUCGGCCACACCUGGUUUGUGCAUCGACCGCAUCGUAGCUGCACAUGGAGCCGUUGGUGUUUAUUUAUGUUUCUGGAGGGUUGAGGUCAUCGCCGUGUGUUUUCUCAGGUUUCGGGCCCUCAUGCUACCUACCUCUGGCCCUCAGGCCUGGGAAACCGCUCCUCACAGAACGGCUUUUGUUUUUUCAGCGUUGUCCCGAACCGUCGGUUCAAUAUCGCCGCCUUCUCUUUAAUGUCCGAUUUUUCAAAAUCUUGUUUUUU